AUGGCUGAAGCACCAAAGAGUUAUGGUGAUUUUGAAUCCGAUGAAGGAUAUCCUUUUUUGGCCAUAAGCAAAGAAGAUAAAAUCAAGUUUGCCUCCCAACCAUUCGAUUCAAAGAAAAACUGUUGGAUACCUGACGAGGAAGACGGCUUCGUUGCCGCUGAAGUUAAGAGCACCUCCGGCGAGCAAGUUACCGUGGUGACAUCUAAGGGAAAUGAAAUUACCUGCAAGAAGGAAGAAACUCAAGAGAUGAACCCACCGAAAUUUACAAAGACUGAAGACAUGGCUAACUUGACAUUUUUGAAUGAAGCCUCUGUGCUCAACAACUUGAAGGAACGUUACUUCAGCAUGAUGAUUUACACCUAUUCUGGACUUUUCUGUGUUGUAAUCAACCCAUAUAAACGUUUACCAAUCUACACUGAGAGUGUGAUCAAGUCUUAUAUCGGCAAGCGACGAAAUGAAAUGCCACCUCAUUUGUUCGCGGUUGCUGAUGAAGCUUAUCGUAACAUGGUCCAGGAUCGCGAAAACCAGUCUAUGUUGAUCACUGGUGAAUCUGGUGCUGGUAAAACUGAGAAUACCAAGAAGGUUAUCUCGUACUUUGCUAUCGUCGGUGCAACACAACAAGCAGCUGAGAAAAAGGAAGGACAGAAGGGUGGUACUCUCGAGGAACAAAUUGUCCAGACAAACCCUGUACUCGAGGCUUUUGGAAAUGCCAAAACUGUACGUAACAACAACUCAUCACGUUUCGGUAAAUUCAUCCGAGUACACUUCUCAGGAUCUGGAAAAUUGGCUGGCGGUGACAUUGAACACUAUUUGCUGGAAAAAUCUCGUGUGGUACGUCAAGCACCUGGAGAACGUUGUUAUCACAUUUUCUACCAAAUUAUGUCUGGUUUCGAUUCUGGAUUACGUGCAAAGCUUCAGCUCACCAACGAGCUUAGCUACUACCAUUUCCAGUCUCAGGGUGAACUUACAAUUGAAGGCGUAGACGAUAAAGAAGAAAUGAAACUUACUCAAGAGGCCUUCGACAUUAUGGGCUUUGAGGACCUUGAAGUACAAAACAUGUACAAAAACGUUGCUGGUAUUAUGCAUAUGGGAGAAAUGAAAUUCAAACAACGUCAACGUGAAGAACAGGCUGAGGUUGAUACUGAGGAUGAUGCCAAGCGUGCAUCCGCCAACUUUGGAAUAGAUCACGAAGCUUUCCUCAAAGCAUUGACCAAACCACGUGUACGUGUCGGAAACGAAUGGGUGAACAAAGGACAAAACCUUGAACAAGUUAACUGGGCAGUAUCUGGUUUGGCCAAAGCAAUUUAUUCUCGCAUGUUCCGUUGGCUUAUUAACCGUUGUAACAAGACUCUUGAUCAACGUGCUAUUGAACGAAAGAUGUGGAUUGGAGUACUUGAUAUUGCUGGUUUCGAAAUUUUCGAUUUAAACAGCUUUGAACAACUUUGGAUUAACUUCGUAAACGAGAAGCUUCAACAAUUCUUCAACCAUCACAUGUUCGUUUUGGAACAGGAAGAAUACAAACGUGAGGGUAUUGCAUGGACUUUUAUUGACUUCGGUCUCGACCUUCAAGCCUGUAUUGAUCUUAUCGAAAAGCCAUUGGGUGUCAUCUCUAUGCUUGAUGAAGAAUGUAUUGUACCCAAGGCUUCUGACAUGACAUUCGUUCAAAAGUUACAAGAUCAACAUUUGGGCAAGCAUCCAAACAUGCAAAAGCCGAAGCCGCCUAAAGGCAAACAAGCAGAAGCUCACUUCGCUAUUAUCCACUAUGCUGGAACGGUACGUUAUAAUGCCAACAACUUCUUGGAAAAGAACAAGGACCCUCUUAACGACUCUGCUGUCAGCAUUCUAAAGUCAGCACAAAAUAACCAAUUGUUGCUUGACAUUUUCGAGGACUAUGUCACACAGGAAGAAGCAGCAGAAUUGGCCAAAUCUGGACAGUCUAGUGGCAAAAAGAAGGGAAAAUCCUCCUCAUUCUUGACUGUAUCAAUGAUCUACCGUGAAUCAUUGAACAACUUGAUGAGUAUGCUUUACCAGACACAUCCACACUUUAUCCGUUGCAUCAUUCCCAACGAGAAGAAAGCUUCUGGUGUCAUUGACUCGGCUCUUGUAUUGAACCAACUGACUUGCAACGGUGUGCUUGAGGGUAUCCGUAUUUGCCGAAAAGGAUUCCCCAACCGAAUGUUAUAUCCUGACUUCAAACAUCGUUAUGCGAUCCUGGCUGCUGAUGAAUCUAAAGUGCCCGAUGAGAAAGCAGCUAGUAAAGGAAUUACUGAUCGCCUUUGCCGCGAAGACAGUUUGAAGGACGAAGACUUCAAACUGGGAAAUACUAAAGUUUUCUUCAAAGCUGGUGUACUUGCCCGUCUCGAGGACUUGCGUGACGAGAAAUUAGGAAUUAUUCUCACAGCUUUCCAGACACGAAUUCGUUGGUACUUGGCCCAGAAGGACGUUAAGAGACGCAUCCAACAACGCGCCGGUUUACUUAUUUUACAGCGCAACAUUCGAUCUUGGUGCACCCUUCGCAACUGGGAUUGGUUCAAAUUGUACGGAAAGGUGCGCCCACUUCUCAAGAUGGGCAAAGAGCAAGAAGAAUUGGACAGUCUGCAAGUCAAAAUCAAGGAAUUGGAAGAAAGCCUUGCAAAGGAAGAAGGCAACCGCAAGGAAUUGGAGACCCAAGUUGCCAAAUUGGUCGAGGAGAAGAAUGCCAUUUUCUUGAACUUGGAGAAGGAGAAGGCUGCUCUCCAAGAAUCAGAAGAAAAGGCUAACAAACUCCAGUCAUUGAAAAACGACUUGGAUCGCCAGCUGGGUGAUCUUCAAGACCGACUUGGAGAACUUGAAGAUCGUAAUGCUGAUCUUCAGCGCGUACGUAAGAAGGGCGAGCAAGAGAUUGAAGGAUUAAAGAAGAAUGUUCAGGACUUGGAAUUGAGUCUUCGUAAAGCCGAGAGUGAAAAACAGGUAUAUUGUAUGACUAAAUAUGUAAGAGGCAUUGAAUUAAUAUUUUUAGUCCCGUGA